AUGCCUUUCACAGAUGAGAUCACAGCAGUCCCCACUCCAGCUGUUUUGGACAUCUGGGAGAAAUUCUCUGCUUUUGGCCAGCGAGAAGAUAAGGACAGUGGUAUCAUUUGGAAGAAGAAUGGGAAUAAUCUAGCCCAUGGAAACAUACACUGUGUUGCACUACAAGAAAGUUCUGGAGAAGGGAAUUAUAGCUGCCACGAUAAAGAUGGAUCACUCCUCAAUCACACUCAAGUCCUGAUUCUUGAGGCCAAUAAGAAGAGGAUCCUCCAGACAGAUUCUUUCAAGUGCUCUACUCCAAACUACAAUGGAACAUUUCACUGCUCCUGGAGCUGGCAUCCCAUUCGUGUUGGAAAAGUGGCUUUGAUCAAAGUAUGGCGUCCGUCUAACAGCAGCGACCUGCAUUGCACCGAGGACUCGAGUGGACACUGGUCAUGUCGCACCAGUCGCAGUGACUUCAGCUGCUCAGUGGACCUCAGUGGACACGGCUUCUCCUGCACAGACCACCAGCACUGCCCCUUUGCCGAAGAGGCCCACUUCAUCCACAUCACCCUCUACGUGGUCUACGACUUCCACAUAGAAAACUACUCAAAGAACUUUUAUCUUUCAGAGAUCGUAAAACCGGACAAAGUGCACAUUCGUAAAGUCAAAGACAAUACCGUUGAGUGGAUCUAUCCAAGCACAUGGGACAACCCUUACUCAUACUUUCCCCUCACUUUUCAACUUGCUCAGCUCAAAGACAAAACUGCUUGUGGCGAUAUCAAAACUCGCAAGGCUUUGUACGUGGGAGAGGGCAGGAGUCAGACAUCUCAUUAUGUUUUCAGUUUUAAAGAGGAGCUAGGGACGGGCCUCCUGCUGGGACUGGCCUCGCUGAUCUCAGUCAGGACUAAACAGGGGGGCAGCCUACAGGGGUCUAUACUGUAA